AUGCGGGGAGCCCAAGAGACCUUGGGCUUCGACUCCCCGAGCCACAUGAAGGGCCUGCAGGUCUUUAUCGCCGACAUUCGCAACUGCCAGACCAAGGAGCAAGAGCAGCAAAGAGUUGACAAGGAGUUGUCGAAGAUCCGCUUGAAGUUUGCCAAUCCAAAGUCUCUCACGGGCUAUGACAAGAAAAAGUAUGUCUGGAAGCUCCUGUAUGCUUACAUGCUUGGCUACGAGAUUGACUUUGGGCACUUUCAGGCUGUAGAGCUAUGCUCAGCGUCCAAAUUCAGUGAGAAAACUGCAGGGUAUUUGGCCACCUCCUUACUUCUCGCUGACAACAACGACAUGGUGCGCAUGAUUGUGAAUAGCGUGAAGACGGACAUGGCAUCCGGCAACGAGCACAUGGCUGCAUUGGCCUUGAACACCGUGGCCAACAUCGGAGGUCCGGAGUUCGCCGACAACCUUUUCUCCGAUAUUUCCAAGAUGAUCCUGAACCAGUCCAAUGCGCUGUCUCCCUACAUCAAAAGAAAGGCCUGCAUUUGCCUUCUGAGACUCUACCGGAAGGAGAACGAUGGUCUUCAACCUGAUGUGUGGCAAGGGAAGCUUGCAGCUCUCUUCCUGGAGCGAGAUAUCGGCCUUCUGACGUCAGCAAGUGGCUUUAUGCUUGGGAUUUUGGAGAUGGGGAAAUAUCCCGUACAGUCUUGGGCACAGGUUGUGCCACCUGUGUGCCAAUGUCUUGCGAAUCUCGUCCAGGGGGAUUGCCCAGAGUACUACGAGUACUACCAUGUGCCAGCCCCCUGGCUUCAAACCAAGCUGCUGAGAAUCUUGCAGUUCUUUCCUAUUUCAAUGUUCGACGCUGAACUUUUGCACCGUGUGAAUGUGAUGCUGCAAACCAUUUUGGCAAAGCCAUCUUCGCAGAGGACGCCAGCACCCCCUCCGGGCCCAGGCAAGAAGAGAAGCAAGGUGGAUGCUGAGCGGCAAAACAGGUCAAAUGCCGAGCACGCCAUUCUGUUCGAGGCGAUGAACUUGAUGAUUCACCUGGAGGACACAGCAGACCCAGAGACCAUGAAGACUGCUGCGGGCCUUCUUGGGAUUUUCCUCUCGUCGACCGAUCCCAACAUCAGGUACUUGGGGCUAGAGACUAUGGCACGGUUGGCAACAAACCUCAUGACGCAUGAAUAUCUGGACAGAUACAAGAACCAAAUCCUGGACAAGAUGCACGAAGCGGAUAUUUCGAUCAGAAGACAGGCGCUCAAUCUCUUGUACGCCUUGUGCAGGCCGGAGAAUUGGCAACAGAUUGUUGACGAGCUGCUCGAGAUCCUGGGCGCCAGUGAUGCUCUGCUGCAAGAGGAGCUCGUCCUAAAGAUUGCCAUUUUGGCGGAGAAAAAUGCUCCGAACUUUGGUUGGUACGUGGACGUGGUGUUCAAGAUGUUGGAAAGUGCCCCUGACGCAGUGGCAGAUGAUGUUUGGUACCGAGUUGUGCAGGUGGUCACCGGCUUUGAAGAUGGUCUUGCGGAAUCUGAAAAGCAUGGCUUGCAGAGACAUGCUGCGAGCAAGGCCUAUCAAAACCUCACCUCGCAAAGAGCUCCUCAUGACACGCUGCUUCGCUUGGGCGCGUACCUGAUUGGGGAGUUUGGACAUCUGUUGCCACAGAGCGUAACGCCUCGGGCCAAAUUCGAGGCUUUACACAGGCACUUUGCCAGAGGCUCCCAGCAGACGAAGGCGAUCCUUUUGCUUGCAUCGGUGAAGCUUCUCAAUGGAAAUGCGGAAGCACUCAAAGGAGAAGUUGGGAACUUCUUACGAGAAAUUCAGGACAGUGCCGAUGUGGACCUGCAGCAGCGCGCAGUUGAGUUGCUGCAACUGUGCCGGGACGAGGCUUUCGACGCCUGA